AUGAUCAGAGACAUCACGAUGGCAUACACACAAUCCCAGACCAAGCUGGCCCGUGUCAUCCUUGCAGCCCUUCCUCAAGAACUCAAAAGAAGAUAUCCAGAGGGAACAAUCCUGCGAAUCGUGAAGCCGCUAUAUGGCAUCGCAGAGGCAGGAGCCCACUGGUUCAACACAUAUCACGACCAUCACUGCCGCAAGCUUAAUAUGGAAACCUCUUCGUUUGACCCGUGCCUUCUGAUCACGGCAAACAACAUCGCCGACAAGGACCUGUUUGGCAUCGCGGCCUUGCAAACGGAUGACACAUUCAUUGUUGGCACAGAUGCAUUUCUCAAGAUCGAGGAGAAAGAACUCUGCUUUAAGGCCAAGCCAAAGAGAUUCUCCAAGAAGAAGGGCCAAGCCCAAAACCUCGAGGAGAUCAAUCUUCAGGCAUCAAAGCCCGUUAAUACCGACUUCAAGGCUUUGAACAAGCGGAUUGAAUGGCAGAUCAACAAUCCCGACCGUGGCCUAUGUUACAUACCCAUCGAUCUCGAGAGCGCGAAGAUCUUUGUGUUCACCGAUGGAUCAUUCGCCAACAAUAAGGAUUUAAGCUCUCAAAUCGGCUUUGUGAUUAUCAUCGCCAAUGAGACCGCGCAAUCAACCGAUUCAUUUUCCAUCCGCGGAAACAUUCUUCAUUGA